AUGGCUAAUAUAAUAGACAUUCGUUCUUUUAUUACACAAUAUACAAGAUCAUAAGAUUUUUUUAUUUUAUGCAAUUUCUCGAUAUCAAAUUCGCCGCAUAAACAAAUUUAUCCGACAAUAUUAACUCUCAGUAAUAUUUGUAAUUAUUGAUGAAUUAUUUCCUCCACGAAAUUAAAUUUUUUUAUUUGCAAAUUUUGAUGCACAUCCGUGAAAGGAAGACAGUAUGGACUAAUAACGUAGCAAAAACGCGAACAAUCCUCGUUUUUCUUUCAUUUCCAUGAAUGUUGGAAGUAGUUAUGAGUAAUUACAGACGAAUAACCGCAAUAGCCAAAAUUAGACAUAAAGUUGAGAACGACACUGAACUACGUAUUCACGAAUAAUUGAUAUCAUAAUAAGCAUUCUGACUGAGCAAGACGACAUGCGCUGUGAAAAACGUCCUGAUAGUUUUUGAACGUCAGAACAGGUGGUUCAGUUACGAGAAAAAGGGCUCCUAUGGAUAUCCAACGAGAUAGAGACAUAGAUUUAAACUAUAUGUACGGUUGGAACUACAACAUGCUGAAGUUUAUGGGUAUUUGGCCGGAAGAGAGGAAAUGGAACCGACCUUACAGUUACUUCGUUCUAUUGCCGUGUAUUGUGAUGGUGUGCUUCAUUUGUGCUCCACAAACUUUUAAUCUUUCAAUAAUCGCGGGUGACUCUGAUCUGGUGAUCGAGAAUCUAUCGACUAACAUUACUAUCACGAUUUCGCUUAUGAAGACUAUGGCUGUUUGGAUCAAAGGCAAACCAUUAAAGUCUUUGUUGAGAUGCAUGGCCAAUGACUGGAACACAGUGACAAACAAUGCCGACCGAGAAAAAAUGGUGAACAUCGCGAGAAUCACUAAAAAGAUUACGAUAAGAAGCAUACUGCUGGCCAACAUCGUAAUUGUAGCUUUUUUGCCUGCACGAUUGUCUAGCAUGAUAUACAACGACAAAGAACUGUUUUACCGUGGUUAUUACCCCUACAAUACUACGAUCAGUCCAAAUUUCGAAUUGACACUAAUCGGUCAAUUAAUGGCUGCUCUUUAUGCAGCCAUAACAUAUACAACGGUAGAUACUUUUGUCGUCUUGUUGAUUUUUCAUGUCUGUGGACAACUUUCGAUUUUGAGAGACGAUCUAAGGAAGAUUCAUUCGUAUGAUAACAAAAAUGUAGAAAUGAAAUUACAGAAGAUCGUGCAAAAGCAUGUAUACAUUAAUAGGUUCGCAGAAACGAUAGAGGAUUCUUUUAAUAUGAUGCUUCUGUUUCAAAUGCUGGGUUGCACCACUCAGCUAUGCUCUCAGACUUACCAAGUUCUUAUGUCACUUGGAGAGGAAGCGAUAGAACAUAUGAUUUUGCAAAUUACAUUUCUGUUGAUAUACGUAAUUUACGUGAUGUUGCAAUUACUCUUAUAUUGUUACAUGGGCGAAAAGCUAACUGUCGAGAGUACAGAAAUUGCCAAUACGGCAUACAGUGCCCAAUGGUACAAUUUAACUCCCAAGAAUGCAAGAUGGCUUGUAAUUAUCAUGUGCCGUGCCAGGUCUUCACCCUUACAAAUUACAGCAGGAAGAUUUUGUUGCUUUACUUUAGUGCUAUACUCUCAGAGUAAUACACAAAGCGUGUCAGAAGCUGAUCUAGGAGCACUUCAUCCAGCUACGUCCCCUUACGACAUCAGCAAGAGUCAAAAUUUUGAGAUCGCAUGGCCGGGACAAUUCAUGAGCUCUGUGUUAACCGCGAUAUGCUAUUCUUGUUUCGACACGUUCCUUGCGGUUCUCGUGUUAUACUUGUGCGGUCAAUUAACUGUUCUUAGGAUGGCUCUCGAGGAUCCGACAUACGCGACGAAAAAGAAUAAUUACGCAAAGUUCUAUGAACGACUGAGAUUCACUGUGAACCAGGACAAUCAGUUGUCUAGGUUGGUAGAAACGAUUUAUCAGUACUCUAAAAGUGUUUGCGCGAAUUAAGAAAUCAAUAUUUGAAAGAGAUUUGUUUCGCAAUCCAAUUAGUGAAAGAGAUUAUUUCAAAAUAAUAAAGAAAAAAGGAAAUGUUAGACGAUUUAGCAGAACGAAAAAUCGUUCAGGAAAUAACUAGUAAACAAAUUUAAAAGAAGCGUUUGUUCCAAGGUUUGCCGCGAUCCUGGAAGAUCGUUUCAACUUCGCGAUACUUAUUCGGGUUAUAAUCUGCACGUCGUUGUAUUGUCUGACUGGAUGCCGUAUGAUAACCGUAUGCUAAAGUUAAUAUUAUAUCGAUAUUUAUUCGUCGAGAAAAGAAAUUGGUACGUAAUGCAGGUUCUUUUCCGUUUUAGUCCGUAAAUCAGGUGCAAGCGGACCUGCCAAUAGUUGGAAUGAUAUUUCUCAUCAUACACGUAAUUUAUACUGCGCUGCUUCUUCUCACUUAUGACCAUGUAGGUGAAAUGCUUCGUGGACAAGUGAGUUAUUUAUAUAUAAAUAGAAAAUUUGUCUAAAGGUUAAAUGUUUCAUUUCUUUCUUCCAAGUUACGCGCCCACUACACUAAUAGAAGAUUUGCUUUCAGAGUGCUGAUGUUGGACAAUCAGCGUACGAUUCUAACUGGCAUUUACCACCGAAAGACAUCAUUUCAUUAAUUAUCGUGGUGUGUCGAGCGAAAGUAUCGUUUCAAACAACAGCUGGAAAAUUCAGUUCCUUCUCCC